AUGCCUCCCUUUCUUGUCGAUGAAUACCACGUGGGGAUCAUAUGUGCGCUACCCAUUGAGAGGGCGGCGGUCCGGGCCACCUUGGAUGAAGAACAUGGAGUGUUUUUGGACAAAGACGCGCAGGAUCAUAACACCUACUUUGUAGGACGCGUUCAUAACCACAAUGUGGUGAUCGCAUCCUUGCCGGCUGGUGUCGAUGGCACUACCGCGGCAGCUUCUGUCGCCACUGAUAUGGUGAGGACGUUCAAAGGAUUGAGAUUCGGGCUGAUGGAAGGCUACGACAUCCGGCUGGGAGAUGUAGUGGUGAGCCAGCCGACAGACACGACGGGCGGAGUAGUUCAGUACGACAAGGGCAAAAGCCUGAACGGAGGGAAGUUUCAACGAAAAGGGUCUCUCAAUGCACCGCCGUUAGCGCUCCUCACCGCGUUAGGUGCUUUGCAGGCAGACCAUGAGUCAGAGGACAGCAAGGUGCCUACCUACCUCAGCGAGAUGUUUGAACGCAAACCCAAGUUGCAGAUAAACGGCUACACUUUUCCAGGCACGGACAGGGAUCGUCUGUACUGCCAUCAUCCGACAAGCAAUGCUAUUUGCGAUCAUUGUGAUAGUGCCUGCGAAGUGUAUCGUCCGAGUCGUGAGAAUACCGAUCCGCAAGUCCACUACGGAAUCAUCGCAUCAGGGAAUCAGGUGGUCAAAGAUGCUGUCGUGAGGGACCUUUUGCGCGACGAUUGCGGCGCCCUAUGUGUUGAGAUGGAAGCGGCGGGGCUCAUAAAUUCUUUCCCCUGUAUCAUUAUUCGAGGUAUCUGCGACUAUGCUGAUGCUUAUAAGAGUGAUUUAUGGCAAAAAUAUGCGGCGACCACUGCGGCAGCAUACACGAAAGAGCUUCUAUUAUAUAUAUCAACAGCGCAGACCUCAAGUGAGAAGCCAAUUGACCAAGUCCUAGAUGUAGUAAAAGAACAUGUUCAAGCGGUGAGCGAUUAUUGCCGCAAGCAAGAGGUACGAUAUCAGAACGACCAAGACCGGAAAUGCCACGUCGCUUUUAAGAUAGAUAAUUAUGAGCAGCAGAAGGACAUCAACGUUGAUCGGACUGCCGACACAUGUCAGUGGGUCUUUAAGAAUGAGAAAUAUAUUAAAUGGCAUCAAAGCAGCACCGACAGCCUCCUGUGGAUAUCAGCCGAUCCAGGCUGCGGAAAGUCAGUUCUCUCGAAAUCUUUAGUUGACUACGAGCUUCAAAACACUACAACGCAUACGCCAGCGUCAUCUUCUUCGAUACGCUACUCCCUACUUCUCGCGGUGACCGCUGACCCUAAGGCGCCUAAUGUGACCUGUAUUCUCGAUGCGCUAGAUGAGUGUCAAGACGAUGACCGGUGGCGACUCAUCAAUAUGCUGUCCCAAUUUCACAUAAACUUAUCAUCGUCUCAUCGGCGGAACAACUCGUUAAAGUUCCUAGUUACGAGUCGACCGUACGAUGAUAUUCAGCAAACAUUCCAAAAAACAAUAUCAUCCCUGCCGGUAAUAAGAUUGCGUGGAGAGGAUGAAAAUGAACAGAUUCGGAAGGAAAUCGAUAUGGUGAUCAGAGAAAGAGUCUCUAAACUAGCGGAAGAGUUAUCACUUAAACCGGAGACAAAGACCCGGCUGGAGCAAAAGCUUUUGCGGAUGAAACAUCGUACGUAUCUAUGGCUCUAUCUUGCCAUUAGUCAUGUCUAUGAAACGUACAGAGAUAGUCUACGACCAGACGAUGAAUCGAUUGAGUCACUCCCGUCUUCUGUUGAGACUGCGUAUGAAAAGAUCUUGGGGAAAGUCACUCAAGGGGUGCGAGAAACGGUAAAAACGAUCCUACGAAUUGUGGUCGGUGCGCGCCGUCCGCUGACUACCGCUGAGAUGGCUUUAGCCCUCGAUGUUGCUACAUCGUCACAUCUUAAAUCAGCAGCCGAAUUUUCAAUUAACAAAGAUCAUCUCGAGCGGAAUAUCUGUCAUUGGUGUGGAUUGUUCAUAUUCAUCAACCACUCUAAGAUCUAUCUUAUCCACCAGACGGCGAGGGAAUUUCUGAUUUGUGAGAAGGAUACGAUUAGAACUGGGUGGAAACACUGUUUCGAUAUCGCCGAUACUGAAAUGCAUAUGAGCCGGAUAUGUGUCCGAUUCCUUCUAUUAAAACACUUGGAAAGGAAAAUCUCGUAUGAACUCGUUACAAGUAACACAUGGGAUUUUCACACCAAGAUACAGAAUAAGAGCAACAAAAACGUUAUAGAAGACUUCCUGUUGUACUCAGCAGAACAUUGGCCAGGUCAUCUACGAAGAUCGGAAAUUGGAGAGAAUGAUUCUCUUAUAACUGAAGUACAUCAUUUGUAUGAUAUAACUAGUGAACGGUUUCUGCUGUGGUUUCGAUUAUUUUGGUUUAUUACGGAACCUUACCAAGCUCAACCAGACAUGAACGAGCUCCAACUAGCAGCGUUCAUUGGGCAUGACAAAGUAAUGGGAACGAUUUUGGUCGAUGAAGAUGUUGAUGUUAAUAGGACUGACCGAGACGGCAAUACGGCAUUGAUGUGGGCAUCACUCAGAGGUCACGAGAAGGUGGUGCAGAUGCUGCUGGACUGGGGCGCAGAUGUCAAUGUCCAAGGUGGACGCUAUGGCAACCCACUGCGCGUGGCAUCAUCUGGAGGUCACGAGAAGGUGGUGCAGAUGCUGCUGGACUGGGGCGCAGAUGUCAAUGUCCAAGGUGGACGCUAUGGCAACCCACUGCGCGUGGCAUCAUCUGGAGGUCACGAGAAGGUGGUGCAGAUGCUGCUGGACCGGGGCGCCGAGAUCAAUGCUCAAGGUGGAUUGUAUAGCAACCCACUGCAAGCAGCAUCACUUAGAGGUCACGAGAAGGUAGUACAGAUGCUCCUAGACCGAGGCGCUGAGAUUAAUGCUCAAAGUAGAUAUUAUGGCAACGCACUGCACGCGGCAUCAGAGGGAGGUCACGAGAAGGUGGUGCAGAUGCUGCUGGACCGGGGCGCUGAGGUCAAUACUCAAGGUGGAUUGUAUAGCAACGCACUGCAGGCGGCAUCACUCAGAGGUCAUGAGAAGGUAGUGCAGAUGCUGCUGGACCGGGGCGCUGAGGUCAAUACUCAAGGUGGAUUGUAUAGCAACGCACUGCAGGCGGCAUCACUCAGAGGUCAUGAGAAGGUAGUGCAGAUGCUGCUGGACCGGGGCGCUGAGGUCAAUACUCAAGGUGGAUUGUAUAGCAACGCACUGCAGGCGGCAUCACUCAGAGGUCAUGAGAAGGUAGUGCAGAUGCUGCUGGACUGGGGCACUGGGAUCCCUGCUCAAGGUGGACGCUAUGGCAACCCACUGCGUGCGGCAUCAUCUGGAGGUCACAAGAAGGUAGUGCAGAUGCUGCUGGACUGGGGCGCAGAUAUCAAUGUUCAAGGUGGACGCUAUGGCAACCCACUGCGCGCGGCAUCAGAGGAAGGUCACGAGAAGGUAGUGCAGAUGCUGCUGGACCAAGGGGCCGAGAUUAAUGCUCAAGGUGGAUUGUAUGGCAACCCACUGCAGGCAGCAUCACUUAGAGGUCAUGAGAAGGUAGUGCAGAUGCUGCUGGACCAAGGGGCCGAGAUUAAUGCUCAAGGUGGAUUGUAUGGCAACCCACUGCAGGCAGCAUCACUUAGAGGUCAUGAGAAGGUAGUGCAGAUGCUGCUGGACCAAGGGGCCGAGAUUAAUGCUCAAGGUGGAUUGUAUGGCAACCCACUGCAGGCAGCAUCACUUAGAGGUCAUGAGAAGGUAGUGCAGAUGCUGCUGGACCAAGGGGCCGAGAUUAAUGCUCAAGGUGGAUUGUAUGGCAACCCACUGCAGGCAGCAUCACUUAGAGGUCAUGAGAAGGUAGUGCAGAUGCUGCUGGACUGGGGCGCAGAUAUCAAUGUUCAAGGUGGACGCUAUCGCAAUAUACUGCAGGCGGCAUCAUCUGAAGGUGGAGAGUAUGGUAACGUACUGCUGGCGGCAUCAUCUAGAGGUCAUGAGAAGAUAGUGCAGAUGCUACUAGACCAGGGUGCUGAGCUCAAUGCUCAAGGUGGAUACUAUAGUAACGUACUGCAGGCAGCAUCAUCUAGAGGCCGUGAGAAGGUGGUGCAGAUGCUGCUAAACCGGGGCGCCGAGAUCAAUGCUCAAGGUGGAUACUAUGGUAACGCACUGCAGGCGGCAUCACUCAGAGGUCAUAAGAAGGUGGUGUAG